GUACUUGCUGUGUACUCAGUUUCUCGUCUGGUACGGUUCGGGGGCUAGAAACAAGCCCAAGGUGAUGCCCGAACGAUAUCGUAAAACGACACGCUGCCUCUAUCAGCGGCAUGCUCGGCGAGUCAAAUAAUCUCGCCUGCUAAUUUCCCACACACACACCUCCUUGACCCAUCUACGAAUGACAACGAGGACGUGGCGUCUACUAAGUGCUCCUCUGUCUGUAUCAGACAAAGCAGAUUGGGUUCGGAGCAGCACUCGCUCAUUGGCUUAAGUCCUGCUGUUAUGCCCACGGAAUAGGAACCUGCGCGAAAGCAUCAGCAGUACAGUAAUUGAAACUGUCACAAUUCCAAGUCCUAACUCAAACGUCAACUUCCCUUUAUUCAGCAGUCUAUUUUACUCCGCGAUGUCUUCAUCAACUUCGAUUAAAAUUCCUUGAGUUUUAUUCCAGUGUUUAUAAGAACCAGACGAGCAGCUUUAUAAUGAAUUGCUGGUGUAGAUGUUGAUGUCGAUAGAGGUGCUGUUGCCUUUGUUGUUCGCCUGAUUUCUGUGAUUUCCGCUGCCAUGGCUGCCGUGGCUGGACCAACGCUUUACUGCGUACCUAGUGUUGCUCGAAGCAGGGGUGAUUGUGGUGGUGAUGGGAAGAAACGUCGGUCACUGGAAAAGGGUGUCUCAUUUGGAGUUGGAUUGAAGUGUGCUCCAGCUUUUUAUCGUUGGCAGAGGGCGGGGAGAGGGAAUUUGAUUCGAGAGCAGAGCAGGAUUAGUGGGAUUAGGGAAGCUAAGGUGGGGAGAAGCAUCUCUGUAAGAAGCGCGCAAGCAGCUGUUGAGAAAGAUGGUACAGAGGAGUAUGAUGCCAUCGUAAUUGGCUCGGGGAUGGGCGGGCUUGUUGCGGCAACCCAGCUAGCGAUCCGGAAUGUUAAGGUGCUCUUACUGGAGAAGUACAUUAUUCCUGGCGGCAGCUCUGGCUACUUCAAGCGUGAAGGCUACACCUUCGAUGUUGGAUCAUCUGUUAUGUUCGGAUUUAGUGAAAAGGGGAAUAUAAACCUAGUCACUCGAGCUCUGGCAGCUGUCGGAAGGAAGAUGGAGCUUAUUCCGGACCCUACAACCGUUCACUAUCAUCUGCCUAAUGACUUCAACGUUCAAGUACAUCGAAAGUUUGAAGAUUUUUUGAAUGAGCUAUACAAGCGCUUUCCUGAAGAAAGAGCAGGAAUUGACGGCUUUUUCGGGGAAUGCUGGAGGGUCUUCAACGCUCUGAAUGCACUGGAGCUUAAGUCGCUUGAGGAGCCCCUGUAUCUUUUUGGACAAUUCUUCAAAAAUCCUGCUGCCUGUUUGACUCUGGCUUAUUAUUUGCCUCAAAAUGCCGGUGCCAUCGCUCGAAAGCACAUCAAGGACCCUGAGCUUCUCUCAUACAUCGACGCAGAGUGUUUUAUAGUGAGCACGGUGGACGCCAUGCGCACUCCAAUGAUCAAUUGCGCUAUGGUCAUCUGCGAUAGACAUUAUGGUGGAAUCAACUAUCCAGUUGGUGGAGUGGGUGGAAUUGCUGUACAGCUUGCCGAGGGUUUAGUGGAGAAGGGUGGUCAGAUUCAGUACAAGGCAAAUGUGAAGUCCAUCAUUCUUGAAAACGAGAAGGCGAUUGGCGUUCAACUUGUAAAUGGCAAGAAGCUCUAUGCUAAGAAAAUUAUCUCAAAUGCAACAAGAUGGGACACAUUUGAGAAAUUACUCAACCCUUCUCAAAUGCCUGAACGAGAGCGAAUGUUUCAAAGAUGUUACAAGAAAUCUCCUUCUUUUUUUUCAAUACACAUGGGAGUGAAAGCAGAUGUGCUGCCAGAAGGAACAGAUUGUCAUCAUUUCAUUCUUGAGGAUGAUUGGUCAAGGCUGCAGGAACCAUAUCGGACCAUCUUCCUAAGCAUUCCAACUAUAUUAGACAAGACUUUGGCACCCGAGGGCCACCACAUUCUGCACAUUUUCACCACGUCUUGGAUUGAUGAUUUUGAGGGUCUUUCCCGUGAAAACUACGUUGCAAAGAAGGAAGCUAUAGCAGAUGAAAUUGUUGAAAGGCUCGAGAAGAAGCUGUUUCCUGGGCUGAAGGCGGCUACCACAUUUCGUGAGGCUGGUUCGCCCAAGACACACCGGAGGUUUCUUGCGAGAGACGAUGGCACUUACGGACCUAUACCGGCUGGUAUCCCGAAAGGUCUCCUAGGAAUGCCCUUCAAUACAACGGCCGUGGACAACUUGUACUGUGUUGGAGACAGCUGCUUUCCAGGGCAAGGUGUAAUUGCAGUGUGCUUCUCCGGUGUAAUGUGCGCCCACCGGGUUGCGGCAGAUCUCGGUGUGGAGAAGAACUCACCUCUUUUAAGUAAAGGUUUGAGCAGUCUUUUGGCUUGGUUCAGAACUUUAGCCUGAGGGAGAGCAAGACAAGUCAUUCAAUAACUCUUGUCACCACCAUAAUACAGAUGAAUCGUCUUGAAUACAUACAGAAAGACAGGGCAAGUGCCUUGCGUUGAGGUGGUGUCGUUCGUGAGUCUUCCAAGGGAUGCCCUACAAAAAGCUCGGGGUUAGAGACGAAUCUAAGUGGACAAAUCGUCACAAAGACUCACCUAAAGAGGUUGAGCUUCUGUAUUUAGUUUUUCAAUAAAGCCCAGCCCUUGGAAUCUUUUGUGCUGUUCACGCGGAUGCACACUUUGUACGCAGAGAUACUGGAGGCUUUUUAAAAGAUUGGGAUUGCCUGUUAAAAUACUUAUAAACUUUCUGAGAUUUUACC